GCAGCAUCGUGCUAAGCGGCGGGCGCUACUCGAACAUGGCGCCUCGGAUAUAGUUGUAGCUUUAAUGUAGCAGGCGACAUCCAUGUGCCUCAUGCCUUGGAAAUCUAAGGCUCUCAUCGUUGGCCGCAUAGACAAUGACAGAAGAUUCCGACUCGAUAUCUGAGGAAGAACGCAGUUUGUUCCGUCCCUUUACCCGCGAAUCAUUGGUGCAAAUUGAACAACGCAUUGCCGCUGAACAUGAAAAGCAAAAGGAGCUGGAAAGAAAGAGAGCCGAGGGAGAGGUGAUCCGAUAUGAUGACGAGGACGAGGAUGAAGGUCCACAACCGGAUCCUACACUUGAACAGGGUGUGCCAAUACCUGUUCGAUUGCAGGGCAGCUUCCCGCCGGAAUUGGCCUCCACUCCUCUCGAGGAUAUCGAUCCAUACUACAGCAAUGUACUGACAUUCGUAGUUGUAAGCAAGGGAAAAGAUAUUUUUCGCUUUUCUGCAUCAAAAGCAAUGUGGCUGCUCGAUCCAUUCAAUCCGAUACGUCGUGUGGCCAUUUACAUUUUAGUGCAUCCAUUAUUUUCGUUAUUUAUCAUUACCACCAUUCUCGUGAACUGCAUAUUGAUGAUAAUGCCGACAACGCCCACGGUCGAGUCCACUGAGGUGAUAUUCACCGGAAUCUACACAUUUGAAUCAGCUGUUAAAGUGAUGGCACGAGGUUUCAUUUUAUGCCCGUUUACGUAUCUUAGAGAUGCAUGGAAUUGGCUGGACUUCGUAGUAAUAGCUUUAGCUUAUGUGACCAUGGGUAUAGAUUUAGGUAAUCUAGCAGCCUUGCGAACGUUUAGGGUGCUGCGUGCGCUAAAAACCGUAGCCAUUGUUCCAGGCCUGAAAACCAUCGUCGGAGCGGUCAUUGAGUCUGUGAAAAAUCUGCGCGAUGUGAUAAUAUUGACAAUGUUCUCCCUUUCGGUGUUCGCACUGAUGGGCCUCCAAAUCUACAUGGGCGUGCUGACACAGAAAUGCAUUAAGAAAUUCCCGCUUGAUGGUUCCUGGGGCAACUUGACCGAUGAGAAUUGGGACUAUCAUAAUCGCAAUAUUUCCAAUUGGUAUUCGGAGGACGAUGGCAUAUCGUUUCCGCUAUGUGGCAAUAUCUCUGGCGCCGGUCAAUGCGAUGACGAUUACGUGUGUCUCCAGGGGUUUGGACCGAAUCCCAACUAUGGUUAUACCAGUUUCGAUUCAUUCGGUUGGGCAUUUCUAUCCGCCUUCCGUCUGAUGACGCAAGACUUUUGGGAGGACCUGUACCAGCUGGUGCUACGCGCCGCUGGACCCUGGCACAUGCUGUUCUUUAUAGUCAUCAUCUUCCUAGGUUCAUUCUAUCUUGUGAAUUUGAUUUUGGCCAUUGUUGCCAUGUCAUAUGACGAAUUGCAAAAGAAGGCCGAAGAAGAGGAGGCUGCCGAAGAGGAGGCGAUACGUGAGGCAGAAGAGGCGGCCGCUGCGAAGGCCGCUAAGUUGGAGGAGCGAGCCAAUGCGCAGGCGCAAGCCGCCGCAGAUGCAGCCGCCGCCGAGGAGGCGGCCCUGCAUCCCGAAAUGGCCAAGAGUCCAACGUAUUCGUGUAUCAGCUAUGAGCUAUUCGUGGGCGGUGAGAAGGGCAACGACGACAACAACAAGGAGAAGAUGUCCAUACGCAGCGUCGAAGUGGAGUCGGAGUCGGUGAGCGUUAUACAAAGACAACCAGCACCUACCACAGCACACCAAGCUACCAAAGUUCGUAAAGUGAGCACGACAUCCUUAUCCUUACCUGGUUCACCGUUUAACAUACGCAGGGGAUCACGUAGUUCUCACAAGUACACGAUACGUAAUGGACGUGGCCGUUUCGGAAUACCUGGCAGUGAUCGUAAGCCUCUCGUAUUGUCAACAUAUCAGGAUGCACAACAACAUUUGCCGUACGCCGACGACUCCAACGCAGUGACGCCCAUGUCUGAGGAGAACGGAGCCAUCAUAGUGCCGGUUUACUAUGGAAAUCUAGGCUCUAGACACUCGUCGUAUACCUCGCACCAGUCCCGUAUCUCGUAUACCUCACAUGGCGAUCUGCUCGGCGGCAUGGCCGUCAUGGGCGUCAGCACAAUGACCAAGGAAAGCAAGUUGCGCAAUCGCAAUACACGCAAUCAAUCAGUGGGCGCCUCCAAUGGCGGCACCACCUGCCUGGACACCAAUCAUAAGGUCGAGCAUCGCGACUACGAAAUCGGCCUGGAGUGCACGGACGAAGCGGGCAAGAUCAAACAUCACGACAAUCCUUUUAUUGAGCCCGUCCAGACACAAACGGUGGUCGACAUGAAAGAUGUUAUGGUCCUGAAUGAUAUUAUUGAGCAAGCCGCAGGUCGGCAUAGUCGCGCAAGUGAUCGCGGUGUCUCCGUUUACUAUUUCCCAACAGAGGACGACGACGAGGACGGGCCGACGUUCAAAGACAAGGCGCUCGAAGUGAUACUCAAAGGGAUCGAUGUGUUUUGUGUGUGGGAUUGCUGCUGGGUUUGGUUGAAAUUUCAGGAAUGGGUUUCUCUGAUCGUCUUCGAUCCGUUCGUGGAGCUCUUCAUCACGCUGUGCAUCGUUGUGAACACAAUGUUCAUGGCCAUGGACCAUCACGACAUGAACAAGGAGAUGGAGCGUGUGCUCAAGAGCGGAAACUAUUUCUUCACUGCGACUUUUGCCAUUGAGGCCACCAUGAAGCUGAUGGCCAUGAGUCCGAAGUACUAUUUCCAGGAGGGCUGGAACAUCUUCGAUUUCAUCAUUGUCGCACUCUCACUGCUCGAGCUGGGACUCGAGGGCGUUCAGGGCUUAUCCGUAUUGCGUUCGUUUCGUUUGCUGCGUGUAUUCAAAUUGGCCAAAUCAUGGCCAACGUUAAAUUUACUAAUAUCGAUAAUGGGUCGCACUGUCGGCGCUCUGGGCAAUCUGACCUUCGUCCUAUGCAUUAUAAUCUUCAUUUUUGCUGUAAUGGGCAUGCAGCUGUUUGGCAAGAACUACACAGAUCACAAGGAUCGCUUUCCGGAUGGUGAUCUGCCGCGCUGGAACUUCACCGACUUCAUGCACAGCUUCAUGAUCGUGUUCCGAGUGCUAUGCGGAGAGUGGAUCGAGUCCAUGUGGGACUGCAUGUACGUGGGCGAUGUCUCCUGCAUACCAUUCUUCUUGGCCACCGUUGUCAUCGGCAAUCUUGUGGUUCUUAACCUUUUCUUAGCCUUGCUUUUGUCAAAUUUUGGCUCAUCUAGUUUAUCAGCACCGACUGCCGACAAUGAUACCAAUAAGAUCGCCGAGGCCUUUAAUCGUAUUGGCCGUUUUAAGAGUUGGGUUAAGCGUAAUAUUGCUGAUUGUUUCAAGUUAAUACGUAACAAAUUGACAAAUCAAAUAAGUGAUCAACCAUCAGGUGAGAGGAUCAACCAGAUCAGUUGGAUUUGGAGCGAAGAGCACGGUGACAACGAAUUGGAGCUGGGCCACGACGAGAUACUGGCCGAUGGGCUGAUCAAGAAGGGCAUCAAGGAGCAGACACAGCUGGAGGUGGCCAUCGGCGAUGGCAUGGAGUUCACAAUCCACGGCGACAUGAAGAACAACAAGCCGAAGAAAUCCAAAUAUCUAAAUAAUGCAACGAUGAUUGGCAACUCAAUUAACCACCAAGACAAUAGACUGGAACACGAGCUAAACCAUAGAGGUUUGUCCUUACAGGACGACGACACUGCCAGCAUUAACUCAUAUGGUAGCCAUAAGAAUCGACCAUUCAAGGACGAGAGCCACAAGGGCAGCGCCGAAACGAUGGAGGGCGAGGAGAAGCGCGACGCCAGCAAAGAGGAUUUAGGUCUCGACGAGGACCUGGACGAGGAGGGCGAAUGCGAGGAGGGCCCCCUCGACGGUGAUAUCAUAAUACACGCUAACGACGAGGAUAUACUUGACGAAUAUCCAGCUGAUUGCUGCCCCGAUUCGUACUAUAAGAAAUUUCCAAUCUUAGCCGGUGACGAAGAUUCGCCGUUCUGGCAAGGAUGGGGCAAUUUACGACUGAAAACUUUUCAAUUAAUUGAAAAUAAAUAUUUUGAAACAGCUGUUAUCACUAUGAUUUUAAUGAGUAGCUUAGCUUUGGCUUUAGAAGAUGUUCACCUGCCACAACGGCCGAUACUGCAGGAUAUUUUAUACUAUAUGGACAGAAUAUUUACGGUUAUAUUCUUCUUGGAGAUGUUAAUCAAGUGGUUGGCGCUCGGCUUCAAAGUGUACUUCACGAAUGCGUGGUGCUGGCUUGAUUUCGUUAUUGUCAUGGUAUCGCUUAUCAACUUCGUUGCUUCACUUGUUGGAGCUGGUGGUAUUCAAGCCUUCAAGACUAUGCGAACGUUAAGAGCACUGAGACCACUACGUGCCAUGUCCCGUAUGCAGGGCAUGCGGGUCGUCGUUAAUGCGCUGGUACAAGCUAUACCGUCCAUCUUCAAUGUGCUAUUGGUGUGUCUAAUAUUUUGGCUAAUUUUUGCCAUAAUGGGUGUACAGCUUUUUGCUGGAAAAUAUUUUAAGUGCGAAGAUUUAAAUGGAACAAAGCUCAGCCACGAGAUAAUACCAAAUCGCAAUGCAUGCGAGAGCGAGAACUACACGUGGGUGAAUUCAGCAAUGAAUUUCGAUCAUGUAGGUAACGCGUAUCUGUGCCUUUUCCAAGUGGCGACCUUUAAAGGCUGGAUACAAAUAAUGAACGAUGCAAUCGAUUCACGAGAGGUGGACAAGCAGCCGAUUCGUGAAACGAACAUCUACAUGUAUUUAUAUUUCGUGUUCUUCAUCAUAUUUGGAUCAUUUUUCACACUCAAUCUGUUCAUUGGUGUUAUCAUUGAUAAUUUUAAUGAGCAAAAGAAAAAAGCAGGUGGAUCAUUAGAAAUGUUCAUGACAGAAGAUCAGAAAAAGUACUAUAAUGCUAUGAAAAAGAUGGGCUCUAAAAAACCAUUAAAAGCCAUUCCAAGACCAAGGUGGCGUCCACAAGCAAUAGUCUUUGAAAUAGUAACCGAUAAGAAAUUCGAUAUAAUCAUUAUGUUAUUCAUUGGUCUAAACAUGUUCACCAUGACACUCGAUCGUUACGAUGCGUCGGACACGUACAACGCGGUCCUUGACUAUCUGAAUGCGAUAUUCGUAGUUAUUUUCAGUUCCGAAUGUCUAUUAAAAAUAUUCGCUUUACGAUAUCACUAUUUUAUUGAGCCAUGGAAUUUAUUUGAUGUAGUAGUUGUCAUUUUAUCCAUCUUAGGUAAGUAAAAAUGCCAAAAACUUAUCAAUUUUGUACUUGCAAAUACCAACAAAAAAUACCAAAAAAGCCAUAAAGCUUAAAUAGGCCCCAAAAAAUAAAAAAAAUAAAUCCAAGCCCCAAACCCAAUACUCCACAUAACCGUACGCUCUUGCUGUAUGUGUGUAUGUUUCUCUAUCUCUGUCUUUC